AGCCAAGGCGACAGGGUGAGAAAUUGUUACUUUCUCAGGAAAAAAAUAAUCAAAACCAACCAACCAUAUUUACAGAGGAAUAUGAUUUGGUGAAUAUGGGAAACAAACAAGGAAAGGAUGAUGAUGGACUCUCCAAAAAACAGCCAUUUAAAGAGAAGACUAAAGGGGCUUCUGGAGAGUCCAUACCAGGGAGUACAAAAUCAGCUGUCGGUGAGAGCACAGAAAAAAGCAUUGAAGGCAGUAAAGGGAACAGAUCCAGCAUUUCUGAAGUAUCAAAACCUUCAGUUCGAAGGGAUAAAACAAUACAUACACUGCCAUCCACCCAUGCCAGGGCUUCAAAUACGAAGUGGGAAAAUGAGUCCAAGGACAAUGAAGUUGAAUACCUGAACAUCAAACAUGACCGGUUGGUGGUAGCAGCUAUUGACUUUGGCACUUAUGGAUCUGGAUUUGCUUUGUGCACUAGAGCAGAUUACAAAAAAGAUCGCAACAAGGUUUUUGUGCACACCUGGAACAGUGGAACAGCCAUUACUAACAAGGCACCCACUACAGUGUUGAUGAAACCCAAUGGCAAGGACUACAUCAGCUUUGGCUAUGAAGCAGAGAGGGAUUUUGUGGAUAUGGAACCUGCAGAUCAGAAGAAACACUAUCUUUUCAGACAGUUCAAAAUGAAAUUGUUUAAUGAUCCUAAUCUCUCUCAAUCCACAAAACUCAAAGACAUUACAGACAAAGAGCUACCUGCUGUUGAUGUCUUUGCUGCAGUUAUCCGAUUUUUUCGAGAGAGCUUACAGAAGCGACUUGACACUAAGAAUGUGGAGGAUUUCACUUAUGAUGAUGUGUACUGGGUCAUCACUGUGCCUGCCAUUUGGGAUCUCAAGGCCAAACAGUUCAUGAGGAGGACAGCUGAAAAGGCUGGACUGAAGGAUUCACAGCUGUCAUUGGCUCUGGAACCAGAAGCUGCCUCCAUGUACUGCCGUAAAAUCCCUGUAGAAAUAAACACACAGAAAGAUGGUGCAAAACAGAUUGCCUCUCUCCCUUCAGGCUCCAAAUAUCUUGUGCUUGAUCUAGGAGGGGGUACUAUAGAUAUUACUGCUCAUGAAGUGUCUGCUGAUGGAGGACUGAAAGAACUACACCAGGCCAGUGGGGGGUACUAUGGAGGAACCUGUGUGAAUGAUGAAAUCAUGUCCUUCUUCAAACGACUCUUUGGUGGACCUGUUUUAAUGAGGGUAAAAGAAGACUAUCCUGGUGACUACCUUGAUCUUAUGAAUGAUAUCGAGAUGAAAAAAUGUACUUUUGGUCCUAAAAUGAACAAGGACAAAAUCACUCUGCGAAUUCCAGUCAUGUUAUUGACUGUGUACACAGAAGAUACUGACUGCCAGAUUGAGGAGUCUUUGAAAAACACUACAUUUGCAGACGAUGUGCAUAUAAAACGAGACAAAAUGACAAUUUCAAAAAAACUCUUUCAAAAGUUCUUUGAAACCUCUGUAGACAAUGUGGUUAGAAUCAUCAAGGAAAUACUUGAUACACCAGGGUUGUCUGACAUCAACACCUUGUUGGCAGUUGGUGGGUAUGCAGAAUCCUCAUUAAUGAUAGAAACCCUUAAAACUGUGUUUUCACACAAAAAAGUGGUGAUACCUACAGAUCCAAGUUUAGCUGUGUUAAAAGGAGCAGUGAUCUAUGGUUUUGAACCAGAGAUUAUUGCUUCGAGAGUAUGUAGGUACACCUAUGGAAUAGCCAAGCAAGGCAUUUGGAACGAGGGAGAUCCUGAAAGUAAGAAACUACCAGAGACAACCAGAAAAGGCCUCCACUGGUGUGAUGAUGUGUUUGACAAACAUGUGGAAGUGGGACAAGUUGUUACUGUUGGAAAGUUUCAAGAACCCAAGGAAUAUUUUGCAAUAGAAGGUCAGGAAAUGGCACUGCUAGAUUUCUAUGCAUCCACAGAGAAAAAUCCAAGAUUCGUAGAUAUGCCUGGCUGUACAUGCGUGGGUUCCUUCGUUUUGGACUUGUCUGAAAAAAGUUCGAAAGGAAAUAUCUUGGUUAGGAUUGCAGUUGGAGGGACAGAAUUGGAGGUAGAAGCCAAAGAAGAGAAAACUGGUCGUAUUUUCAAAUCCUACUGUAAUUUUCUUCCAUAGUCCUUGUGUCCAAGAAAUUUUAAUUAAAGGCAACAGUCCAUCUUGAGAUUCUGUCACAAGCACAUUUUCUUAUGAUUUUGAAAGAGUUUUUUUUAGCUCACCUGAACCAAAGGUUCAAGUGAGCUUUUCUGAUCGCUUUUUGUCCGUCGUCUGUCUGUCUGUCUGUCCGUCCGUCUGUCUGUUAAACUUUUCACAUUUUCGACUUCUUCUCCAGAACCACUGGGCCAAUUUCAACCAAACAUGGCCAAAAGCAUCCUUGGGUGAAGGGCUUUCAAGUUUGUUCAAAUGAAGGGCCAUGUCCCUUUCAAAGGGGAGAUAAUCACAAAAAUGCAAAAAUAGGGUGGGGUCAUUUAAGAAUCUUCUUCUCAAGAACCACUGGGCCAGAAGAGCUGAAAUUUACCUGAAAGCUUCCUGACAUAUUACAGAUUCAAGUUUGUUCAAAUCAUGGCCCCCGGUGGUAGGAUGGGGCCACAAGGGGGGGAUCAAAGUUUUACAUACAAAUAUAUAGGGAAAAACUUUAAAAAUCUUCUUCUCAAGAACCACUAAGCCAGAAAAGCUGAGAUUUACCUGAAAGCUUCCUGACAUAAUGCAGAUUCAAGUUUGUUCAAAUCAUGGGCCCCUGGGGUUGGAUGGGGCCACAAUAGGGGAUCAAAGUUUUACAUACAAAUAUAUAGGGAAAAUCUUUAAAAAUCUUCUUCUCAAGAACCACUGAGCCAGAAAAGCUGAUUUUUACAUGAAAACUUUCUGACAUAGUGCAGAUUCAAGUUUGUUCAAAUCAUGGCCCCCGGGGACAGGAUGGGGCCACAAGGGGGGAUCAAAGUUUUACACACAAAUAUAUAGGGAAAAACUUUAAAAAUCUUCUUCUCAAGAACCACUAAGCCAGAAAAGCUGAUAUUUACAUGAAAGCUUCCUGACAUAAUGCAGAUUCAAGUUUGUUCAAAUCAUGGGCUCCGGGGGUUGGAUGGGGCCACAAUAGGGGAUCAAAGUUUACAUACAAAUAUAUAGGAAAAAUCUUUAAAAUCUUCUUCUCAAGAACCACUGAGCCAAAAAAGCUGAUUUUUACAUGAAAACUUUCUGACAUAGUGCAGAUUCAAGUUUGUUCAAAUCAUGGGCUCCGGGGGUUGGAUGCCCGGGGCCACAAGGGGGAUCAAAGUUUUACAUACAAAUAUAUAGGAAAAAUCUUCUUCUCAAGAACUACUGAGCCAGAAAAGCUGAUUUUUACAUGAAAACUUUCUGACAUAGUGCAGAUUCAAGUUUGUUCAAAUCAUGGCCCCCGGGGGUAGGAUGGGGCCACAAGUGGGGGGGGGGGUCAAAGUUUUACAUACAAAUAUAGGAAAAAGCUUUAAAAAUCUUCUUCUCAAGAACCAUUGGGCCAAAGAAGUUGACAUUUACAUGAAAGCUUUCUAACAUAGUGCAGAUUCAAGUUUGCAAAGGGUAGUUUGGGCCAUAAUAGGGACUAAGGUUUUACAUGCAAAUAUAUAUGGAAAGUCUUCAGAUAUGGGCCAAGGUGACUCAGGUGAGCGAUGUGGCCCAUGGGCCUCUUGUUAUGCUUACAACUGCUUUAUCAUUGAUGCAAAUUAUUGUUACAUUGAAUACCCAUGUAAUGUAUUGUAUGAGACAAUUUUAAUAUAGUUCUCAUAGAGAACAUUAUAUGCUUAUUUUUAAUUGAAGAUCUUCUGAUUUAGAAGAAACCAAGAUUUUCAGCUGGUAAUUUAGUUCUGCUAAUAUCUUCCAAUAAUCAUUAGGAGAUUUUAUUGUACAAAGUGUAGAAAAUGGUUGAAGAUUUAAAUUUAUUGCAAGUAUUUUGUUAUAAACCAUGUGUUAAAACUACAUUAUCUAUUAAAAUCUUUUAUAUUCAAAAAAUAAA